AUGCCGCCCCGAUUCCGCAAGUCGCCUGCGUACCUGCUGGUGCCUGCACACGUGGAAACAGAGGUGCUCGACGCCUAUGCGGAUGUCUUGACCGCCGCCAAUGAGCCGGACCUCGUGUUGCAAAACAUGCCAGAUUUGCUCCGUAGACUUGACAUUCCCGCGUGCUUCACCAGGGACAUUUGCCAGUGUGUAGAGUGGUUUUACGCCACGCAGCAGACCACGCUAGCCAGGGCCAGCCUGAAGUGGGCCGUGGCCGAGCAGCUUUUGCAGCACCUCACGAUCUCGCUGACCAUCCGCGGCCGGUUUGAUGUGUCGGAUAUCGUGGAUAUCGACAAGCUCGUGAAGUUCUGCAACCGGCUCGUCAAGUUCAGAGACAACCACCUGCGCAUAUUGCAGAACUGGGCUUUGUUUGUAGACGCUUCGGGAGGGACCGAUGGCACCUCGGCCGACCACUGCCUCACGCUCCCCGACUUGGUUAAAAUCAAGAGCUCGCUCCAGCUAGACGACAUUGGCGACAGCAUACUCAUCGAUAUGCUAGGGUGCAGUCGCAGCAGUGUAGAUGGCGACUUGUUCAACUACAAGCUCUCGGCAGCGACAUUGGAGGUGGGCAUCAAGGAUUUCGCAGAGGUUUUGGGCUUGCUCGGAGAAUACGACUGA